AUGACUUUACAGGCAAUCAGAUAUAACGAGGGCAAUCUGUCCAUCAUAGAUCAACUGCAGCUUCCAUAUGUGGAACAAUACAUAACGAUACAAUCAAGUGAAGAAGCAUGGCACGCAAUAAAAGAUAUGCGUGUAAGAGGAGCACCCGCUAUUGCCAUUGUAGCGGCCCUCGCUCUUGCAUCUGAACUUCAUGGCCUUAUGGCAUGCAAUGGCAUUCCCUCAGAAGCCCCAGAGGUUCAGGCUUUCAUUAUGGACAAGCUAGAUUAUCUUGUGAGCAGCAGACCCACGGCAGUAAAUCUGGCCGAUGCUGCUCGGAAGCUUAGGGCCGUGGCGAGUGAUCAUACACAAAGGCCUGGAUCGACUGGGCGCAGCGUCGCUACUGCUCUGAUACAAGCAGCAGAGGAAAUGCUGGUGAAGGAUAUUGAGGACAACAAAAACAUAGGAAAGCAUGGUGCCCAAUGGAUCAUGGCCAAUGCCGUGGGCAAGCCGAAGGCUACUGUUCUCACACAUUGCAAUACGGGCUCCCUUGCAACAUCAGGUUACGGCACUGCGCUCGGAGUUAUCCGCGCUCUUGCGUCUACAGACAAUCUGAACCGUGCUUACUGCACCGAGACACGACCCUACAAUCAAGGAUCUCGGUUGACUGCGUUCGAAUUGGUCCACGACCGUCUCCCCGCCACCCUCAUAACAGACUCUAUGGCCGCUGCUCUACUUGCGAAGUCUGGUACUCAGGUAGAUGCCAUCGUAGUAGGAGCGGAUAGGGUGGCUGCGAACGGAGAUACGGCGAAUAAAAUUGGCACUUAUGGCCUCGCUGUGCUUGCAAGGUAUCACGGUGUGAAGUUCCUCGUGGCCGCACCGCUUACUACAAUUGAUCUGGCCACCCCGUCCGGUCAUGAAAUCAUAAUCGAGGAACGUGCGGCCUCCGAAGUCACAACUGUCAGAGGACCGCGUGCCAACAAAUCUACCAAUGGUAUUGAAUUAGAAACUGUGCGCAUAGCCGCCGAUGGCAUCGAUGUCUGGAACCCGGCCUUUGAUGUCACACCGUCCACACUUAUUGACGGUAUCAUCACAGAGAAGGGCGUGGCAGAGAAGGACGCCGAUGGCCAGUUUCACUUGGAGGACUUGUUUCGCAACUCCUCCUCAACAUGA